UAUAUAGCACUCACACCCUCCUACGGAACCUACACAUUUCUCUCUCAGUCCCAUACGCACCUCUAGUCUGCUGAGAGUCACUCCUCUCUCUCUAUCUCUCUCCAGCUCUCGAUUCUUCAGGUGGUUCCUUGUCGGUUAAUCACCUCCUUAUAGAUACUAAUUGCCGGUUAUUAAAGACUAGUCAAGAUGGUGAAGUUUACUGCAGAGGAACUCCGUAGAAUUAUGGACUACAAGCACAACAUUCGCAAUAUGUCUGUUAUUGCUCAUGUCGAUCAUGGGAAGUCGACCCUUACCGACUCGCUUGUUGCUGCUGCGGGUAUCAUUGCACAAGAAGUUGCUGGUGAUGUCCGGAUGACUGAUACCCGUGCAGAUGAGGCAGAGCGUGGUAUCACAAUUAAAUCUACCGGUAUCUCUCUCUACUAUGAGAUGAGUGAUGAAGCUUUGAAGAGCUACAAGGGAGAGAGGGACGGAAAUGAGUACCUCAUCAAUCUCAUUGACUCUCCCGGGCAUGUUGACUUUUCGUCUGAAGUCACAGCUGCUCUUCGUAUUACUGAUGGUGCACUUGUGGUGGUGGAUUGUAUUGAGGGUGUGUGCGUCCAGACUGAGACUGUGCUCCGUCAAGCCUUGGGAGAAAGGAUCAGGCCUGUUUUGACUGUUAACAAGAUGGACAGGUGUUUCCUUGAGCUCCAGGUCGAUGGAGAAGAGGCUUACCAGACAUUCCAAAGGGUUAUUGAGAAUGCCAAUGUCAUUAUGGCUACAUAUGAAGAUCCACUUCUUGGUGAUGUCCAAGUCUACCCGGAGAAAGGAACUGUCGCCUUCUCAGCUGGUUUGCACGGUUGGGCUUUCACUCUGACCAACUUCGCCAAGAUGUAUGCUUCCAAGUUUGGAGUUGACGAGUCAAAGAUGAUGGAAAGGCUCUGGGGUGAGAACUUCUUUGACCCAGCUACCAAGAAAUGGACGAGCAAGCACACUGGAACUGCUACCUGCAAACGCGGUUUCGUUCAGUUCUGUUAUGAACCCAUCAAGCAGAUCAUCAAGACCUGCAUGAACGACCAGAAGGAUAAGUUGUGGCCCAUGUUGUCAAAGCUUAAUGUCACCAUGAAGAGUGAUGAGAAGGAAUUGAUGGGGAAGGCGUUGAUGAAGCGUGUCCUGCAGAACUGGCUUCCAGCAAGUAGUGCCCUGUUGGAAAUGAUGAUCUUUCACCUUCCCUCACCUGCAACAGCUCAGAAGUAUCGUGUUGAGAACUUGUACGAGGGUCCACUUGAUGACAAAUAUGCCAACGCUAUCCGGAACUGCGACCCUGAAGGACCUCUUAUGCUCUAUGUAUCGAAGAUGAUUCCUGCAUCUGACAAGGGCAGAUUCUUUGCCUUUGGUCGUGUCUUCUCUGGCAGAGUGUCUACUGGUUUGAAGGUCAGAAUCAUGGGUCCAAAUUUUGUUCCUGGAGAGAAGAAGGAUUUGUAUGUGAAGAAUGUACAGAGGACCGUCAUUUGGAUGGGAAAGAAACAAGAAACAGUCGAGGAUGUGCCUUGUGGCAACACUGUUGCCCUGGUUGGUCUGGAUCAGUUUAUCACCAAGAAUGCUACCUUGACGAAUGAGAAGGAAGUGGAUGCUCACCCUAUUCGUGCUAUGAAGUUCUCUGUUUCGCCUGUUGUGCGCGUUGCUGUUCAGUGCAAAGUCGCGUCUGACCUGCCAAAACUUGUUGAAGGUCUCAAGCGUCUGUCCAAGUCCGAUCCUAUGGUUGUCUGUACCAUUGAGGAGUCGGGGGAGCACAUUAUUGCUGGUGCAGGUGAACUUCACCUCGAAAUCUGUUUGAAGGAUCUGCAAGAAGACUUCAUGGGCGGAGCUGAGAUUAUAAAGUCUGAUCCUGUCGUCUCUUUCCGUGAGACCGUCCUUGAGAAGUCCAGCCGUACAGUUAUGAGCAAGUCUCCAAACAAGCACAACCGUCUCUACAUGGAAGCACGCCCCUUGGAGGAAGGUCUUCCCGAGGCCAUUGAUGAGGGCCGUAUUGGGCCAAGAGAUGAUCCCAAGAUUCGUUCCAAGAUCUUGGCGGAGGAGUUUGGUUGGGACAAGGAUCUUGCAAAGAAAAUCUGGUGUUUUGGUCCCGAGACGACUGGUCCUAACAUGGUGGUCGACAUGUGUAAGGGAGUUCAGUACCUUAAUGAAAUCAAGGAUUCCGUUGUUGCGGGGUUCCAGUGGGCCUCAAAGGAAGGUGCAUUGGCAGAAGAAAACAUGAGAGGUAUUUGCUUUGAAGUCUGCGAUGUGGUUCUCCAUGCCGAUGCCAUCCACAGGGGUGGUGGCCAGGUCAUUCCAACCGCUCGAAGGGUCAUCUACGCGUCCCAGCUCACAGCCAAGCCAAGGCUCCUUGAACCAGUCUAUCUUGUCGAAAUCCAAACUCCGGAGCAAGCUCUUGGCGGCAUCUACAGCGUUCUUAAUCAGAAGCGAGGGCACGUCUUUGAGGAAAUUCAGAGGCCCGGCACUCCACUCUACAACAUCAAGGCUUACCUGCCCGUCAUUGAAUCUUUUGGAUUCUCUAGUCAGUUAAGGGCUUCUACUUCCGGUCAGGCUUUCCCACAAUGCGUGUUUGAUCACUGGGAGAUGAUGUCGUCUGAUCCCCUGGAACCAGGAACGCAGGCUUCAACGCUCGUUGCCGACAUCCGCAAGAGGAAGGGGUUGAAGGAGCAGAUGACCCCGCUCUCCGAGUACGAGGAUAAGCUCUAAACAACUUCCUAUAGUUUCGAUUUGCUCGAUGAGGAUGGAUGAUAUAUACAUAUACAUAUAGCAUAAUAUAUAUACAUAUAUAUAUAUUUAUAUAGCAUAAUCUGAUUAGAUUGCGACAGAAUUAUUUUGAGCUUUAGCUAUCGGUGUGUGGUGUUGUUGUUUUUAGGAACUAGUUAUAUGGUGUCAUUGUGGCAUCGCGGAGUUAGAUGUUACUUUUGAUGUAUAAAUAAAUAAAUAAAAUAGUAAAAUAAUAAUAAUAAUAAUAAUGUUGAACAAUUUAUUAGUCUUGUA